GUUUCAAAUGUAUUACUACUGGUAUGUAAUAGCACGUUUUAAUAUCUUAAGAACACGUCAUAACAUGCUGAGUAACAAAUACGUCAAGUUAUUAUGAAGUUUGGUAGAAGAAAAAAAUGUGCCAAACCGCGACUAGAAUUAAGUCUGAGGCCGGUAACAUCAACAGUAAUGACAAACCCAGCCUGCCUCUCUCCUUCCACACUGAGUCCAAACCUACAGUCACUGGGUCCUGAUUGUGACAGUGGAGCCCAGUUUGCACUGCAGGAUCCAGAGAUGGCAUCAGUGAAGCUGGAAGACUGCAGUCAAACACUGGAGCUGAAUGUCAACAUUAAAGAUGAAGAAGAGGAGGAGAAGAUUGGAACAUGUGUUUCUCAUGGAGACCAUGUUGAGACAUUCUCUACAUCCAGAGAGCAACAGCAGGAAGAUCACAGACCUAAGAGGUCUCACCACUGCCCACAUUGUAAAGAGAUUUUCCCAAUUCUUUCAAAGCUAAAAAUACAUCUAAAAAUUCACACAGUUGAGAAUCUGUAUUCCUGUACUGACUGUGGGAAGAAUUUCGUAACAUUAAAGGCUCUGACAGGUCAUCAGAGAGUGCACACAGGAGAGAAGCCUUACUCCUGCUCUGACUGUGGGGCGGGUUUCUCUCAACUGGGCACCUUAAAACAACAUGAACGUAUACAUACAGGAGAGAAGCCUUACUCCUGCUCUGACUGUGGGAAUAGUUUCUGUCGACUGGGUCACUUAAAAGAACAUGAACGUAUACAUACAGGAGUGAAGCAUUACUCCUGCUCUGACUGUGGAAAGAGUUUCUCUCGACUGGGCACCUUAAAAACACACGAACGUAUACAUACAGGAGAGAAGCCUUACUCCUGCUCUGACUGUGUAAAAUGCUUCACAACAGCAUCUCACCUAAAAGUUCAUCAGCGAACACACACAGGAGAGAGGCCUUACUCCUGCUCUGACUGUGUAAAAUGCUUCACAACAGCAUCUCAGCUAAAAAGUCAUCAGAGAACACACACAGGAGAGAAGCCUUAUUUCUGCUCUGACUGUGAGGCGAGUUUCUCUCGACUGGGCCACUUAAAAACACAUGAACGUAUACACACAGGAGAGAAGCCUUAUUUCUGCUCUGACUGUGGGGCGAGUUUCUCUCAACUGGGCCACUUAAAACAACAUGAAUGUGUCCAUACAGGAGUGAAGCCUUACUCCUGCGCUGACUGUGGAAAGAGUUUCUCUCAACUGGGCACCUUAAAAACACAUGAGCGUAUACAUACAGGAGAGAAGCCUUACUCCUGCUCUGACUGUGGAAAGGGUUUUUCUCGACUGGACUACCUGAAAACUCAUGAACAUAUACAUACAUGAACAUAUACAUAGGUAGCCUAGUGGUUAGCGCAUUGGGCCAUUAAUUGAAAGGUUGCUGGAUCGAAUCUCUGAGCUGUCAAGGUAACAAUCUGUCAUUCUGCCCCAGUACAAGGCAGUUAACCCACUGUUCACCGGGCGCCGAAGACGUGGAUGUCAAUUAUGGCAUCCCCCCGCACAUCUAAUUCAGAGGGGUUGUGUUAAAUUAUGGAGACACAUUUCAGUUGAAUGCGUUGAGUUGUACAACUGAUUAGGUAUCCCCCUUCCCUAGUUAAAUACUUGAGUGAAGCCUUACUCCUGCUCUGACUGGAGCGUUUUUCUCAAAUGGGCCAUUUUCAUUUUUUUUUCUACUGUGUUAUUGACUUGUUAAUUGUUUACUCCAUGUGUAACUCUGUGUUGUCUGUUCACACUGCUAUGCUUUAUCUUGGCCAGGUCGCAGUUGUAAAUGAGAACUGGUUCUCAACUAGCCUACCUGGUUAAAUAAAGGUGAAAUUACAUUUUAAAAAGACACCAAUGUAUACAUGAAGGAGAGAAGCCUCAUCAGAGCUGGUAGACACAACCUACAUUGAGUGUACAAAACAUUAAGGACACCAGUUAUUUUCAUGAUGUAGACUGACCAGGUGAACUCAGGUGAAAGCUCUGUUCCUCAAUGAUGUAGUUUUUGUGUAUUUAUUAUAGAUCCUCAUUAGGUUCCAGCAAAAAGAAAGAAACUGCGUUUGCAGUGAGCUAAGGAAUGAAAACACUGGAGAAUUUGAAAAAUAUUGCCUGGUCUGAUGAACCCUGGUUCCUGGUGUGUCAUGCUGAUGGGAGGACUGGGGUAUGGAGGAAACCAGUACAUGCAUCCCUGCUGUGUGUCAACAUUGCAGGCUGGUGGUGAUGGUGUGGAGUGUGUUUUCAUGCCACACACUGGGCCCCUUGAUAAAAGUGGAGCAAUGUUGGAAUACCACAGGAUAUCUAAACAUCAUUGCCAAUCAGGUGCAUCCCUUAGAUUUUUUUUCAGCAGGAUUAUGCCCCAUGGCACAAGGCUUGUCCAGGAAUGGUUCCAAGAACAUGACAGUGAAUUCAGUUUACUGCAGUGGCCUGACGAGUCACCAGAUCUCAAUCCAAUUGUUCAUCUGUGGGAGGAGAUGGGAAGGAGCUAUUCGGAGUAGAGAUCCACUCCCAGCCACAUUGACACAAUUGUGGGAAGCAUUGGAGUCAACAUGGGCCAGCAUCCCUGUGGAAUGCUCUCAACACCUUGGGAGUCCAUGCCCUGAUGAACUGAGGCUGUUCUGAGGACAAAAGAAGGUGCAACUUGACAUUGGGAAGGUGUUCCUAAUGUUUUGUACACUCAGUGUAUAUCAGAUAAAGAUGUUGUGGUGAUCAGUUUUCAGCAUUAGUUUGGGUGUAUUAUUUUAUAUUACUAAAUACCUUUUGUUUAAUGAUAAACAGGCUAUGAAUCAACUACUUGUGUUUAUUAAGUUGUAUUUUAAUAGUAGAUUAAUUAUUUUAGUCAUUGAUGAUGAAUUUAUUUGAAUAACUGUAUUGAAGUGAAUUGAUCUGGUGGCAGGUAGCCUAGCGGUUAAGAGUGUUGGGUCAGUAACUGAAAGGUUGCUGGUUUGAAUCCCGAGCCACCUGGGUGAAAAAUCUGGCAUUGUGCCCUUGCAAUUAACCAUAUUUUGUCCCUUAGGUUGCUCUGGAUAAGAGCAUCUGCUAAAUUACAAAAAUCGAAUGAAAAAUUGUUUGUACAUGAAUUUAUGCUGUGCAACCUCUUCUUUUCUGUGUAUAAUUAAAUGAAAUAAACUGUUUGAAGUGAAA